ACUGACUUUUUCAAUCGCUCUCAGCAGUAUGCUCAGAAUGCAAUAAAGGAGAAGGAAAUCCCUAUGGAUCGACUGGAGUUCAUGGGUCAUGGCAAAGAAAAGCUUGAAGGUUCUUCUUGA